GGGGGCGUCAACAAGCCGUUCAAUGACGUCACUUCCCACGCGCGCGGGACGCUGCUAAAGGCGGCUAACAGCCCUAACUGACAAUAAACAACUACCGGUGGCCUUUUUGGUUCACUAGAAGGCCGAAAAGGAGACCGUUUUCAAACUCGAAGCUGGUGCGACUUUUCUCCAGACCUCGUGUAGUGACUUUGGCAGCCGUUCACGCGCAGCUGCAGCCCCGCGGAGGCGGAAGGCUGCUCUGUUGUUGACAUCCACGACGGGCACGGAUGAGCGUGACACCAACUACUAGCUAACGCUACUUUCCCGCGGACGUCUUCACCCUCGGUUCUGUCCGACCCGUUUACGCUGGACUGCCGUGUUCGGCCGCCAUGAAGCUGCAGUGCGAUGUCGAGGUGGUGAAUCGGAUGCUGCCCACGUACGGCUUGAAAAGCCGAGGCAAAGGGACGAGAGCGGUGCUGUCCAUCGGGAAGCACCUGGACAAGACGAGCACGCGCAGCGGCAUCUACAUGAUGAUCUGCACGGCCAAGGACCGAGCAGGCUCCAAGUACAAGCUAAAAGACAACAUAGAGAAGUUCUUCACCUGGUUUGUGGGGGACGGCAAGGCGACCGUGAGGCUAAAGGAACCUGCGGUUGACAUUUGUUUGAGCAAGGCUGAUGCAAAUAGCCUGAAGAACUUCCUGUCGGCUGCUCGCCUGGCAGACAGAGGAAGUGACACAAGCAGCCUUCCCCUGUCCACGCUGACUCCUGUUCGCGCCAAGGACGUGGAGCAACCAAAGAAGAAGCUGACCAUUGUCUCAAAGAAGGACUACCCGCUCACCUCCAACUUCCCCUACUCCCUGGAGCAGCUGCAGGUGUCCUACUGUAAACUGUCGCGCGUGGACAUGCGGAUGCUGUCCCUCAAAGCCCUUCGCAAACUAGACCUCAGCAACAACCACAUCAAGAAACUCCCUGCCACCAUCGGUGACCUCAGCUGUCUCUCUGAACUCAUCCUCCACAACAACCACCUGGAGGCCUUCAGCCAGGCCCUGUGUCUGUCCACCCUGCAGCGGACCCUCCAGCUCCUGGACCUGAGCCAGAAUCGACUGCAGUCCCUGCCUGCUCAGUUCUGCCAGCUCAAAGAACUCGUGAACCUCAAACUGGACGACAACGAGCUUAUUCGCUUUCCUUUCCACAUAGGCCGGCUCUCAAAGCUGAGAUUCCUGUCGGCGGCACAUAACCAGCUGUCUGUGCUCCCUAGUGACUUUCGUAAACUGAGUCUGGAGAACCUGGAUUUAUUUGGAAACCCAUUUAUUCAGCCCAAUCCUCUAGAACACACAAUGCAGCUGACUUUCCCUCUUACACUCCAAGAGAUGGCUUCCAGAGCGGUGGUCAACCUAAGGAUAUCGUACGGACCUCACAUCAUCCCUGCCCUCCUGUGUCGAGACCUGGAACUAGCCAAAUCCUGCGACUGUGGCAGCGUCUGCAUCAACUUCUACAUCAAGACAGCGGUCAGCAUGAAUCUACACCAAGUGUCCCACACAGUGGUGCUGGUGGACGACAUGGGAGGGACGGACGCUCCGGUGCAGCAGCACUUCUGCUCCCUCGCCUGCUACUCUACGUUUUUAGACAGCGCCCUUCAGAGAGGAAUCAGAUGAGCAGGAGCAAACUCUGGUUUAACUGAAAACUCAUUCAAGGUCCAAAAUAAAUGCUGAGGAUUUUGCAAUAGUUUGCAAGUUUUAAUACAUUGCACAUCAUUGGUGUGAGAAAGAGAAUCUGCAGUAGAUACAACAUUGUCACAGCUUUUAAAGGACAGUGUUGUGUUGCCUCGGCCUCUGUUAAGGCUUGUUUUAAGAAGAAAAAGCUCCAAGCUUCUGUUCAAUAAUAAAACCUAACAUCAGA